UUAUGUUUCCAACUUCAAAUACCCUUUGUUGCUUGCAUAUUACUCACACCCUUUUUCUCUCUUAGAUUUCCUAGCUCCUUGGGUAGUUUUUUGUGGUCUCUUUCUUAGUGUGGUUUUAGAUUUUUUACCUCUCGUGAGAAGCUUCUCCAUUUCUUUUCUUUGAGGCCUCCUCAAUGCUGAUUCUUGGCGUAACUUGAUAUUCAUUCAUUCUAUAAAGUUAUAUUUAAACCAGAACACAGCAUCUAAGAUACCCAACAAAAGUCAUUUUCCCUUUUCAACCAACUUGGUCUUUUUCAGAUUCUAGGACACAAAUGUUUCGGUGGCUAUUGAAGCCCAGGUUCUAUUCAAAAUGCUUGUCUUACGUGAAGUUUAUGAAGACUCGGCUAGAGAUCAUACAGAAGAAGAAGAAAGCAGAGCAGAAGUUUAUGAAGAGUGACAUCGCCGAGCUUCUUAGGAGUGGCCUUGACUAUGAUGCAUAUAUAAGGGCUAAAGGACUUCUGUUGGAGCAAAAUAUGUUAUCCUGCUAUGAACUCAUUGAAAAGUUUGUUGGAUGCUUAUCAGAUCAUGUUGAAGACCUAACUAAGCAGAAGGAUUGCCCUGAUGAGUGCAAGGAAGCUGUGUCAUCAUUGAUGUAUGCUGCUGCAAGAUUUGCUGAUCUGCCAGAAUUGCGUGACCUCAGAACAUUAUUUACUGAGACAUUUGGGAAUUCUCUUGAACCAUAUAUAAAUAAAGAGUUUGUUGAGAAGCUGAGGCAAGAUCCGCCUACGAGAGAAAUGAAGAUUGGACUAUUAUAUGAUAUAGCACAAGAGUUCUCUGUAGAGUGGGACGACAAUGCUCUGAGACAAAGACUUUAUACAGAAUCGUCAUUAUGUGAAGAGAGGCCUAAUCCCAGGAGAGACUUGAUCACAUCCAAAGGAAAAGAAAGAGACACAGACACCCUACCUCUUGGAAGGAAAGAUUUCAAUGAUGUCUCAUUGAUACACCAAAAUAGUAGUGAUGAUGAAACAAGUACAGAACUGUCAUCCCAUGAUGGCAGAAAGGGUAGUAGUUCAAAUUCAUUGGGAAGCUUUUCUGAGGAUGAAGUAGAAACUAAGAGGCCAAUUUCUUCCUAUUUGCUCAUUCCACCCCCAUACCUCAAACAAAAGACCAACACAGGUGAAAGCAAUUCAAAGAGAACAACACAUUCUGAGGCUGCAGGCAAAGGAAAACGUUAUCCUUCUCAACAACAAGAACAUGAUACUGGCGAAAACAGAAGGCUUAGAACAUCACAUGUCAGAUGAAAAUCUCUUCCUUCUGAACCGACAACUGAAGUGAAAACAUCAAAUUCAAAGGGGCAUGCACGAACAAUUUCCUUAGAAUCAGGAAUUCGCGGGGGUUCAUGGCGUGUGCAUCCAAAUCUACCCGAUUAUGAUGAUUUGAGAGCCUGUCUUUUAGGCAAAGUGGGUUUUAAUAAAGAAAAAUGCACGCAUUAGUAUCUUUAGAUAUCUCCCAGGAUAUUCCCUGGAUGAGAGCAUCUUUAGAUACUAUCAAAGGAACUGAUAUCUCUUAUAUUAGUAGUUAAACAGGAUUGCACAUCCUUCUCUUA